CCCGCUCCAGACAUCCCCACGCCCGCACGCACGCACGCAGGACAGCCAUGCAAGCCUCCUUCUCCUCAGCAAGGCACUUCGCCUGGGCCCCACGUGGCGCCUCCGUCGCCGGCCGCCGCCGCGUCCCUCCAUCGACGGCCGCCGUGCCCUUCCGCCGCCCUCCGCCCAUCUCUGCGGUGGCUGCUCCGCCGCCGCCGGCUGUCCUGAAGCAUCAGGGAACCACCCACUCGAUGCCGCCGGAGAAGGUGGAGGUGUUCAAGUCCCUCGAGGGCUGGGCCUCCCGGGAGGUGCUCCCCCUGCUGAAGCCGGUCGACCAGUGCUGGCAGCCCCAUGACUUCGUGCCGGACUCGGCGCUGCCCACGGACGAGUUCACGGACCGCGUGGCGCAGCUCCGGGAGCGGACCGCCGAUCUCCCGGACGAGUACUUCGUGGUGCUCGUGGGGGACAUGAUCACGGAGGACGCGCUGCCCACGUACCAGACCAUGAUCAACACGCUCGACGGGGUCCGCGACGAGACCGGGGCCAGCCAGUGCCCGUGGGCCAUGUGGACCCGCGCCUGGACGGCCGAGGAGAACCGGCACGGGGACCUGCUCCGUACGUACCUCUACCUGUCCGGCCGGGUCGACAUGCUCAUGAUCGAGAGGACGGUCCAGUACUUGAUCGGAGCCGGAAUGGACCCUGGAACAGAAAACAACCCGUACCUGGGAUUCGUCUACACGUCGUUCCAGGAGCGAGCCACGUUCGUCUCCCAUGGCAACACGGCCCGGCUGGCCAAGGAGGGCGGCGACCCGGUGCUCGCGCGCAUAUGCGGGACCAUUGCGGCCGACGAGAGGCGCCACGAGAAUGCCUACGCAAGAAUCGUCGAGAAGCUCCUCGAGGUGGACCCGACGAGCGCAAUGGUCGCGAUUGCCGACAUGAUGCGCAAGAAGAUCACGAUGCCCGCGCACCUGAUGUAUGAUGGGCAGGACCCGAAGCUGUUCGAGCAUUUCUCGGCUGUGGCGCAGCGGCUCGGCGUGUACACCGCCGACGACUACGCGGACAUACUGGAGUUCCUAGUCGGGCGGUGGAGGCUGGAGAAGCUGGAGGGGUUGACAGCCGAGGGGAGGCGAGCGCAGGACUUCGUGUGCGGGCUCGCGCCCCGGAUCAGGAGGCUCCAGGAGCGGGCGGAGGAGCGAGCCCGGAUGAUGGGUCCGCAUGGUGCGAGGUUCAGCUGGAUCUUCAACAAGGAGAUCAAGCUGUAAUCCUAGAAUCUACAUGGAACAAAAAAAUGGAGAGUGUGAAGCUUCGUUUUGAGGUUUUAAGGCAGUUGGGCUUUGAGAACAGCAUAUGCAUGAAAGACGACUGACGUUUCAUUUUCAUUUCAAAGUGUAUCAUAAACUUAGAAGUGUGGCUAGUAGAAUUACAAUAUGGGUCAUGUUCUUGUUCAUUGAUUCAAUUUCCAAUCAGGACCUUUGUUUUUAGCAAGGA